CUCCCACUGAAUCGGCCUUUCUCGUCCAAGUUCAGAUCCGGUUAACCAGCCAAUUAGUACAUAUAAAAAUCCUCGAACGAAGCAGAGAGCUUGACUUCGGGAUUUCCCCUGCUUUAAAAUUCGAGUUAACCGGACCUCAUCAAAUACUAUCCAAACCCCAACGUACAUACACCUCAAGCAACCAAUCCCUUCCAUUAUAAAUCACGCAACUUCGAACACCCACUCCAUCUCCAUAACUCCAUUCCCUUCGCAUUGAUGGAUACCGCCGCGAUACUCAACCGGCCGCCAAAACCCCUCCUUUUCUUCUUCUUCCUCUUCUUCUCCCUUCAUUGCAUCACCACCCAUUCCUUCCCCGCAACCUCCCUCCCUUCCUCCCAUAACAUCGACUGUUGGUGCCGCAGCGUUCCGCACCCCGAGCCAUGCCGCCUCUACCUCUCCCACCCCAACUCCACCGUCCACCGCCGGUCGGAUUUCUUCAAAAUUUCCGUCAAAGCGGCGCUCAAUCUCGCCGUCCACGCUCAAGCCCGCACCAGGCGACUGGGCUCGAGAUGUUCCAGCGAGGCGGAGAAGACAGCGUGGCUCGAUUGCUGGAAACUGUUUGGCAACACGGUGCUCCAGCUUAACCGCACCCUGUUUUUCUCCGUCAACAACAGCAACGCCGUCGACGCACAAACGUGGCUCAGCGCCGCUCUCACCAAUCUCUACACGUGCAACAAAGGCUUCACCGAGCUCAAAGCAAACUCCUCGUUCAUGCAACCCGUCUUCAGCUACAGAGUUUCGGACCUCAUCAGCAACUGCCUCGCCAUCAACAGCGCGAGCUUUAAUGGCACGGUGGAGCUGCCGAGGUGGGGGUGGGAGGGUGGUAGGAGGCUGCUGCAGGCAUCCGGUCGGGCGGAUUUUGUUGUGGCAAAGGAUGGGUCGGGUAAUUUUGGGACCAUUAAAGCUGCGCUUGACGCGGCGGCGGCUCUGAGAAGGAGCAGCAGUAGGAGAAUUGUAGUGCAUGUUAAGAUUGGUGUGUAUGCGGAGUAUUUGCAGAUAGCGAGCAGUCUUAGAGAUCUGACGAUCACCGGAGAUGGGAAGGGGAAGACAAUUAUCACCGGCAGACGAAGUGUUGCGCUUGGUUAUACUACCUUUAGCUCUGCAACCAUCAGCGUAUUUGGCGAUAGAUUCGUGGCGACGGACAUCACAAUCCGCAACACAUACGGGGCCGGCUCGCAGGGCGUCGCCCUUCUCUCCGGCUCCGACCAGUCCGUCUUCUAUCGAUGCAGCAUCGAGGGUUACCAAGACACACUCUGCGUCUACACCCAGCGCCAAUUCUACCGCCAAUGCGACAUCUAUGGCACCAUCGACUUCAUCUUCGGCAACGCGGCGGUCGUCAUCCAAAACUCCAACAUUGUCGCCCGAAAACCACUCAAGGGAGAAGCCAACGUGAUCACAGCUCAAGGCCGCACCGAUCAGAACCAGAACACAGGCAUCGUCAUCCAAUCCUCAAAAAUUCUCGCCGCGCCGGAUUUGAAGCCCGUGCACCGGCAAGUCAAGUCGUACCUCGGCCGGCCGUGGCAGCUCUACUCGCGCACGGUUUAUAUGGAGAACUAUAUCGAUAGCAUAAUUGAUCGAGCCGGGUGGAUUCCAUUCAACGGAAACUUUGCUCUGGAUACCCUGUUCUACGCUGAGUUCCAGAACAAUGGGCCUGGAGCUAAAGUUCUGAGGUUUCGGGUGAAAUGGAAGGGAGUUCAUAUCAUUCGUCGUCCGUCGCAAGUGACACAGUUCACGGUGGGGAACUUCAUCGCCGGCGGGACUUGGCUGCCGGCGACGGGAGUGCCGUUUGAUUCGGGGCUUUCAUCUGGGAAAUAAUAGUAAAAUUUGGAAAUUUUUGGGUUUCGGGGUUGCUGACAAAUAUUCUGUCAUAAUUAGCC